AGUGUUAUUGUGUCAAUAUUCUAAGGUUAAUGGCAUUUGGAUUGAUUUAGUUCUUAAAUUGUACUUUGAUAACUACAAGUUAAUAUUGAAGUUAUUUAAAGAAGUUUAAAGUUUGCUGAUCUAAAUUUUGAAAUAAAUAUCUCAAUCCCGUUGGCCGUAUUUCGGGCAUUCUAUAAAUCGGAAAUCCAAAGGAGAUAGGUCCCUGCCUCGGCACGGCUUAUUCUUCUAGUUCGAUAACACAAACUUCAGUGACAAGAGUUUCAAAAUGGCCUCGAACAAUGCAUUGGCUUUGUAGUGUGCUGAACAUGUAGAAAAUAUUUAUACUCAUAAGAAUACAUGACACCUAUUAUGGCUCCUGACCCAACCACCGGGGAACAAUAGCAAUCAGGUUGCGGAAUACAACAAUCAAAUGGAUAUGAUGCAGGUACAGAAAAUGGAACAUGAUGUAGAGAGCCAGGAUGAAAAAACACAACAAAGAAUAAAAAAGUUUGGUAUCACAGCACGAAAGCUGUCCUUGAAGGAGCGCCGUCGACGCCGCAACCAGCGGUUGAGGCGCCAGAUCACUCCAAAGAGUGCGCUGAUGGUCCUCAACGAAAUGAAGCAAGGCGAGCAGAUCACCAACUUGUUCAAGGUGACUCCCGUACAGAUGAAUCACUUCGGCAAGCUGAUCCAGCAGAACUAUGAGGCUGAAUGUACUAUCGAUGGUGUCACUUACAAAGGUUACGGUGACACCAAGUCGGCUGCGAGGAACAACGCGGCCGAACAGGCGGUGCGAGACCUGGUCAUCAAGUGCAUGGAGCGGGCAAAGGAACCAGCCCCGAACGAAACCGCCGCGACGGACGAGUCGAUGGAACAAGACGAGGACACGGGUCUCCCCAUGGCGCAGCUGGCGUCGUACGCGCUCUUCAAGCUGUUCAGCGAGUGGGAGCAGGGCGGCUACAAGGUGCCGCUCAUGAGGACCCCGGGAAGCGCAGGCUCGGAGUCUGACGGGACCGUGUCGGUGGCGCCGGGCGCCGGGCCCAAGGAGCGCCAGCUGCCUCCGAAGGCGCUGGAGAUGCACCCGUGCAUGCUGCUGACGUACAUGCGGCCGCACCAGGUGUACCGGGAGCUGCAGGUGGAGGGCCGAGGGCCGCCCAACCUCACCUUCACCGUGGGCGUCGACGUGGACGGACACACCUUCACUGGGAAGGCCGGCAACAAGAAGGAAGCACGGCGGCGUGCGGCCAUCGCCGCCUGCAAGGUGCUGUUUGACAUCCACUUUGAGGAGUGAGUUGAGAGGGCGCGACUCUGUCACAGUGAACGAUACUCCGUCAGCCUCUAACGAAUCAUUCAGUGGAUUUGUUCUUUUGUUGUUCAAGUCUAAUUCAAUUCAAAAAUCAACAUCCACCCAUUCUUGUCGUCACAAUAACAAUGGUCGUUCUUUAAGUUAUAAGUAUUAAAUAUAUCACUUAGAAUCAAUGUUCUGUAUAAGUUAUAAUAUUAAAAAAUUACCAAAUUUUUACCUUUAUAAGUGUAGUGUUACUUAGCAGUACAGUCUCAACUUAGUUGUGUGAUAAUUAAUUCCGAGUGACAGUUUGUGAGUAAAGAGUAUUAUUAUAUUUCAUAUUGUUUAUAGCAAGAUACAAGUGUCUAAUGCAGCCUCCAACUGGUGACAAAUCUCACAGACUCACAUUAUGUAGCCACUCUAGGAGCCUGUAAUACGGAUACCACUCUAUUCUUUUUUUAAUUAUCGUAUGAGCGUAUCAAAUAACCUCAACUGAACGUCCUGCUCGUCUCGUCCCUUAAUCUCAUAAAAAAAAGUUUAUCUCUUAAUACGAAGAGAACUUUUGUCCGUCAUUUAUUACCUAUUCUCAUCAGUUUAUUUUGAUAUGAAUUAUUUUAAAAGCAGCUAAUUGUAUAAAUUAUAUUCCUUAGCUUGUGUGAGUGCAUAUUCAGAUUUUACUAAACGAUGUCGAGUGGCUUUAGUAGUGUGUAUGGUUUAUGUUUCGCCCCUUAUGUUUACUUGGACUAUUAAAUAAUGUUAGACUAUGUUAAAGCUAUAUGGAACCCGAAUAUGAAUGAAUAAAAAUGUAUUUUUUACCAAAAAACCUUAUGUAAUGUAAAGUUACAAUUACAAGUGUUUUAAUCCUUUAAAAA